AUGAAGACUCAUCUGACUGUGCAUCAGAAAAUUCAUAUUGCAGAGAAACCUUAUAAAUGUAGUGAAUGUGUUAAGGCCUUUAGGAAAAAGAUACAACUUACUGAGCAUCAGAGAAUUCAUACUGGAAAGAUUCAUUAUGAAUGUAAGGAGUGUAGGAAGACUUUCCUCUACAAUUCAGGCUUCAAGCGACAUCAAAGAAUUCAUACUGGAGAGAAACCUUAUGAAUGUAAUGAAUGUGGGAAAGCUUUUGGGAUGAAGGCACAUCUGACUGUACAUCAGAGAAUUCAUAUUGGAGAGAAACCUUAUGUAUGUAGUGAAUGUGGGAAGGCUUUCCGGUCAAAAGGACAUCUUACUAUGCAUCAGAGAAUUCAUACUAGAGAGUUUCUUAAUGAAUGUAAGGUAUGUGGAAAGGCUUUCAUCUGCAAAGCAAAUCUUAUUCGCCAUCUGAGAGUUCAUACUGGUGAGAAACCUUAUAAAUGUAGUGAAUGUGGGAAAGCCUUCACAACUAAGAAAAAUCUUAUUGUACAUCUAAGAAUUCAUACUGGUGAGAAACCUUAUGAAUGUAGUGAAUGUGGGAAGGCCUUUAGGAUGAAGGAGAAACUAACUGUGCAUCAAAGAAUUCAUACUGGUGAGAAACCUUAUGAAUGUAGUGAAUGUGAGAAGGCUUUUAGAAAUAAGACACAACUUACUGAGCAUCAGAGAAUUCAUACCGGAAAGAAACUUUGUAAAUGUAAGGAGUGUGGGAAGGUUUUCCUCUACAAUAGAGAUCUUAUUCGACAUCAGAGAAUUCAUACUGGAGAGAAACCUUAUGAAUGUGGGGAAUGUGGGAAAGGCUUCAGUAGGAAACCAGAACUUAUUGUACAUCAGAGAAUUCAUACUGGAGAGAGACCUUAUGAAUGUGGAGAAUGCAGAAAGACCUUUAGGAGGAAGUCAGAACUUACUGCCCAUCAGAGUAUUCAUACUGGAGAGAGACCCUAUAAAUGUAGUGAAUGUGAGAAGGCUUUCAGGAGAAAGCCAGAACUUAUUGCACAUCACAGAAUACAUACUGGAGAAAAACCUUACAAAUGUAGUGAAUGUGGGAAGACCUUCAGACAGAAGAUACAUCUUAUUCAACACCAAUAUAUUCAUACUAAAGAGAAACCUUAUGAAUGUAGUAAAUGUGGGAGGGCCUUUGGGGUAGAGUCAUAUCUUACUAAGCAUCAAAAUAUUCAUACUGGAGAGAAACCUUAUGAAUGUAGUAAAUGUGGAAAGGCUUUUAGGAGAAAGGGACAUCUGGCUGAGCAUCAAAGAAUUCAUACUGGAGAGAAACCUUAUGAAUGUGGAGAAUGUGGGAAGGUCUUCAGGAGUAGGGCUCAACUUAUUGCACAUCAGAAAAUCCAUGCAGGGGAAAAAACUUGAUUAAUGUAGUAAAUGUGGGAAGGGCUUUGGGAGAAAAUCAUAUCUUACGAAACAUCUGAGAAUUCAUACUGAAGAGACACUUUAUCAAUGUAGUGAAUAUGGGAAGACUUUCAUAUUGAAGAUGAGUCUUUUUUUUUUUAACUUUUGUCAGGGAAGAAAGACCCCUGCCCCCUUAUACUUGAUUGGAUUUUAGUGAUAGUUAUAAGUUUAAACCUAAUCAAUAUUGU